AUGACUCUCGUUCAUGAAGUACCCUGCCGACGUUAUAUAGAUGGAUGUUCAAGACGAAGUGGAAUUACAUGCCGGUGUAGCCUCUCAGUCUUCAACGCCAGUCACUCAUUCGCUCGUUCACUAGUUGCUCAGAUCUCUGACCUCAAUCCACUCUUUCAAAACUCUUCUUCCACCAACAUGAAGUUCCCACUCGUCCCCGUGGCCAUCGCCCUCUUCUCCACUGCCUACGCCGCUCCCGGCGCGCCUGCCGCUGAGAACGUCGAGCUCGUCGCUCGCGGCAACUGCCCCGCGGCCCAGGACUGCACAUGCACGGCCAAGUUUGACAAGUACGCCAACCCUAUUGAGUAUGGCUCUACCGUCUCGGCCCGCAUCUCUGGCGCGGACCGAGGGCUGACGACCUCGGACUGGCGCGGCACCAACGGCUACGGCAGCUCUUCUUUGUGCAGAGUCACGGUCGACCGUGUGUGCGGUAACUGCCGGGCCUGGAAGACGACGACGGACAAGUGCGGAUACUACAGCCUGUCCGAUUUCAGCUGUGUCAACGCUUAA